AUGAAUAGGGACAAGGCGGUUGCCAUUAAGAGUCUCGGCAUACAAGAUGGUGGCUCGAAGGAUUCAGCUAAAAUAUUUAGUAAUCUACUCGAGACAUCAAAAAACUUGCCAACAACCUCGUCUGAAUUAGGAACGAUCUUGUUGAGUGUUAAUGAGAUAAAAAAGAGGGCCCGCGAGCUGAGGCAAAAGACCAAGCCAAAAAGCGAUCACACAAGAGCACACUAUCUAUUAGCUGGAAGUGGCCUUGCCAUUCAAGAUGUUGAAUCAUCGCUCAAUACUCUUAAGUCAAGACAAUUGAUCGAACAAAACGUUCCAAACAGAGAAGCAGAAGGUGAUCUUGACACGUACUUGAGAACUAAGAAAGACGAAAACAUUUUGUCCUCUAUCGAACAGUCGCUGGCUUCGGCUGCCAAGGAUUUUGACAACUUUGUAAAUCAAAACUUCAAUUUGGAUUGGGAGCAGAGGAAAGAGGAGGUGAGAGAAAACUUUGGUAUCAUCUUGAAAAAAAGAAGAGGUAAUGAAACGACUGUAAACUCUUCAUUUGAAGCCUCCCCACCGACAUGGGGUAGAACAGGACGCGGUAUUCUCGAUGGCGAUUCGAGACUUAAUGUUAACGAAAAUUUCGCAACUAGGGCCAAGUUUGAGAAGUACGCUAAAAUUAUCAAUAGCUUCAACAAUGCCAGACAGAACGGGUCCAACUUUUCGAUGGAAAAAGAGAUUUUAGAAAGCUUUAACAGCUCAACGGAAGCAAAUGACAGACAACUUCCAGGAGCAUGGAAAAUUUUGGAUCACGCACGCAACUCUAAAGACGUUAUUGCAUCAUCCAAGUCCUUUUUGGAGCUGCAGUUUUUGGAGUAUGUUGAAAACCUAUACAAGAAGAACUCCAACGAGGGUCUUCCUACGAACGUAAAUAAGGUGAAAUCCUUCAUUGAUCAAAAAUUGAAAAACUCAAAUAACGCAUGGAAAUACGGGAAUUUAACAGUCGUUAACGGUGUGCCGAUUUGGGCUUUCAUUUUUUAUCUUUUAAGAGCUGGGCUGACCCAAGAUGCCCUUGAGGUUGCCGUAGCAAACAAAUUAAGCUUUAAAAAAGUUGAGCAAUCUUUCUUGACCUACUUUAAAGCAUAUGUGAAUUCAAAAGACCGAAAACUUCCCAAUGAAUAUGUUUCCCGACUUCAUACGGAAUACAACCAACAUAUCAAGAACGCCUUAGACGGAGACCCAUUCAGACUCGCAGUUUACAAAAUAAUUGGAAGAUGCGAUUUGACAAGGAAAAAUGUCUCAUCAAUCACUUUGAGCAUCGAAGACUGGAUUUGGAUUCAUAUCAUGUUAAUAAAACAAGAUGUCUCGGACGACGACCCCGUUUACGAGAAGUAUGAUCUGACAGAUUUCCAAACAGUUGUAACAUCCUAUGGCGUGUCCACGUUCGACGGCUCGUACCUUCAUGUUCUCAUGUUGACUGGGCUUUACGAAUUAGCUGUUCAGCAUGCCAUGUCCAUCAACGAGAUCGACGCCGUUCAUCUCUCCAUCGCAUUAGCUAAUCACAAGAAAUUAGGCAUAUCCGAUUACAAGAGCGACAACUGCUCGGACCUUGUUACGGUUAGCGACGGCAAAAUGAAGUUAAACUUGGCUAAGCUUCUUGGGAAUUACACAAAGUCGUUCAAGUUUUCUGACCCUAGAAUUGCAAUGGAGUAUCUCACUCUAAUAAAUUUAGGAGGGACUAAGGAAGGUGCUGAAGUAUGUCACGAAGCUUUGAGAGAGUUGGUUCUGGAAACCAAAGAAUUCACAAUUCUUCUAGGAAAGGUGAACAGAGACGGUACUAGAAUUCCAGGUGUCAUUGAAGAAAGGCAGCCCCUUUUGUCAUUAAGUGAUGAACAAGACUUUUUGCAUAAGAUCACUGAGCAGGCCGCCAGACGUGCUGAUGAAGAUGGGAGAGUAUACGACAGUUUGCUCUUAUAUCAGUUAGCUGAUGAAUAUGACAUCGUGAUCCGCAUUGUUAACAAGCUCUUAAGCGACCUCAUGAGCAACACAGAUCUAUCACAGUCUUUGUUGAAUCUUGAUGAUAACAGUGAGACCAAUCCAGUUCUAAUUGCAAAGAAAGUGAUAAAUGUUUAUGUGAAUAACUUGGAAAUCGCACAGAAAAUCAAUUCGAAAAACAAGGAGACAUGCAUAUUACUGUUGAAGGUAGUCGACAUUAGAAAAUCCUAUUACUCACAAAAUUGGCAGCAAACGCUCGAAAAGGUGGAGGAAAUCGACCUAAUACCAUUUGUGGAUGAGGCCUCUUCUCGAAGAAAAGCGCAAGAGUUUUCGAGCUUGAGUCCUGAAAUUACAAAAAGCAUUCCCAAUUUGCUAAUUAUUACGAUGACUUGCGUUUCCAAAAUAGUAGAGUCGCUGAAUCAUAGCGAGUACCAGUCUCUGGCUAAAACUCAACAAGUCGAAGCCUUAAAGCGACUGGCUAAAAACUGCAUGAUUUACGCUGGCAUGAUACAGUAUAGAAUGCCCCGCGAGACGUACAGCAUACUGAUUAACCUUGAGGUGGGACUUUAA